AUGAGAUCUCGAAGUUAAAACAUGGGAGCAAAGCUUAAAUUAACAUCACUUACAACUCUGUAACUUGUUAUUAUGCUCAUACUGCUAUUGUCUAUAUAAACAAAUGGCGACAUCUAAUAAACAGUAGCUGCCUAAGGAGCUCCUGCACCUGCUUUCAAUACAUAGUUUGGAGUUGUAAAUCCUGGUAUAAUUUCUAAAACUGGACUUCUGUUUGAGACAGAUAAUGUAGCAUGCGCAAAUCCCUCUCCUCAAUUCAAUAUCGGAGCUACCUUCACAUUUACUGCAUGGGUUUACUUAACUGAUUUAGUGGCAGAAGCAUGUGUGAAAAUAAAAGGAACUACUAUUUGGGCUGGAGUCAAUGCAGCUGCUUCAUCAGUGGCUGGAACCUUCGUAGAAAUAGACACCUUAGUUUACCCUGCUUAAGGAUGGAAUCAUAUAGCUGUUGCAUUUGAUACCACUCCUACGUUUUCUCGAGUUUAGGCUUGGGCUUACAAACCUGAUGGUACCAGUUAAACAGGUAUUCUAAGGACGUUGUCAGCCUUAUUUCUAGAUUCGUCAGCUUUUAACUGGUGUAUAGGAGCUUAUCUACUUUGCACAGGUUGUCCUUCAACAGCCACUUAUGGAACUGAUAAAGGACUCAAAGGUGUCAUUAACAAUAUUAGAGUAUAUAACUACAAACUAACAACCGCUCAAAUUGCUGGUUCUUUAUCUACAACUACUUGUUCAAGUGAAUGUAUUCUUUGCAGAAUUGAGGAUAAUGGCCAAUGCAUAGAGACAAAUCAAUACUAAAAGAUGGUUGAAAUUGAUUUAAAUGUUCCUGAUUAUAGAUUAGUCAUUGAGGAUCAAUCGUUAAAUAAGAAUAACUUUACUCUAACUGGGGUAGCCACAUUUGAUCCUUUUUAUGUUCAUAAUCAAGGUCUUUAUUUUGGAGGUUCAAACUACAUAGUAUCAAUGACAGCAGUUAAAUUUGGAAGAGGGAUUCCAAACAUCCUCAAAAGUUGUAAUAACACUAAAUGGAGCUUCUUAAGUUUUCACUGUAACAUAUACUAACAGUAAUAUUAUUUCUCAACUAAGUAAUAUAAUUUAGCUGUUGAUAUGUUUAAGUGGCAUUUCCUUUCAGUAGUAUUGAUCAAAUAAGGUACAGCAUCUACAAAGCCUUGCUUAGUAUUCAAUUAAGAUGCAAUAAACUGUGUCGCUGCCGCAAGUGAUUUUACUACUAUAUAUGCAGACUCAGGAACAAAUAUUAUAACAUUAGGAACUGGAUAUACUGGAAUGAUGAGAUUAUUCCACGUCUAUGAUUAUCCUAAGUUAUUUACUUCUACUCCUUUGAAAUGCUUUUCAAAUUGCGGAACAGCGAACUAUGGAGAGAUCUGCAAAUCUUGUGAUUCAAAAUGCAAAUCUUGUUUCGACUCUGCAGUAUAUAGUUGUUUCUCAUGCGAUGAAAUAACAUUUAAGUUUUUUGCAGCUAGCACAACAUGCAAGGAGACAUGCGGGGAUGGCCUAGACUUUGGAACUUAUGAAUGUGAUGACGGAAAUGUAGUUAGUGGAGAUGGUUGCUCAUAUUUGUGCAAAGUUGAGCCGGGCUGGUAAUGCUCAGGAGGCAAUUUAAACACACCUGAUACGUGCACUGAAAUUUGUGGUGACGGAAUCAACUUAGGAACUCUAAGUUGUGAUGAUGGUAAUGCCAUAGAUGGAGAUGGAUGCACAUCAACUUGUUCUACUGAAACUGGAUGGUAUUGUGUCAACACAGCAUAGAAUAGUAAAAGUGAUUGCUACGAAUUUUGUGGGGACUUAUAAUAUUUUGGGAAAAAGAGUGGAGUAUCAAAAUCUAAGUUCGCAUGUGAUGAUGGGAAUCUUGUAAACGGUGAUGGAUGUGAUGAGUAUUGCAGAUAAGAAGUUGGUUUUAUUUGUAGUUCAACAACUGGGUUGUGUACUGAAAUAUGUGGUGAUGGAAUAGCUCAUUCAGAUGCAUGUGAUGAUGGUAAUAAUAAUUCAGGAGAUGGAUGUUCAUCCACUUGCUAACUAGAGCCAGGCUAUACCUGCGUUGCUGAAAUAAAUGCUUAAAUGACUUGUUAUCAAUCAUUUGGUCCAAGCAUAACAGGAUACAACCUUGCGAGGGAUGAUACAUCUCUUGAUAUAUUUCUCAAUGAAACAAUAUAUUUCUCCUAUAACUUCGAUCUUUCAAGAUCUAUAUCUUAUUAUAUUCUUGGCAGCAGAUCCUCUUAUGAUAUUCUGAUCUCUUUCACAAAUGAUGUUGCAACAAACUAGAAAACUCCUACUAAUAAAUUAUCUUUUACAUUUUCGAUUGCUGAUGAUGUAUAGCUUUUUGGAGAUGAGUACUUUGUAGUAACAUUCGAUUAAGAGGAUUUCAUCAGUUCCUCUACAUCUGCACAAAUCUUCAACAAGGAGUAUAGAGUGCUACUUUGGGGUAGAGAGGUUAAAGGUAAUGCUGCAUCAGGAGGAUUUGGCUAUAUUCUAAUUUUGACCUAUAUAAUUCUGUACCUGCCAAUGACAUAAUCGAACAUGUCUAGCGAGGGAAGGAUUAUUGGAGAAAAUUUCGAACUUAUCAAUCUUCAUACCCAGUUUAUCUAAUAAUUCCUAAUGGCUGAUUUAGUUGCAAAUCCAGAAACUGUCUACAAAUACUACUCUUAUGGGUAUCCCACGUAUAAUGUCUUCCUACUUAUUGUGGAUACUGGCUCUAUUGCAGGUAUGUUAGUUGGAGGCAGUUUUGUUUAUGCUUUAAUUAUGGGAAGACCGAACAAAAGGAUAAAAGAGAGCUUGAUCAUUUUCAUGGGAACAAUUGUCUUUAACAAACUCAUGUUUUUGUCAAUGCUUGGAGCCGGUAAUCUUUAAAUUGGUGGAUCAGCAGCCACAGCAAGUGGAGCAAUCUUACUUUUAUUCAUCUAUAGAUCUGAAAUAAACGAGGGAAAAUCUUCCCCAGCUAAAAGAUGGAGAGGAUUCUUCGGUUAUUUUGGGAAUUCUAUGAUUUAAUAAGUAUUUUACACAGUUUUUAUGGGAGUGAGACUUUUGACCUCUGUUUUUUUCAUAGCACUCCUUGAAAAUAAGCCUGUAUAAAUGAUUAUGCUCCUUCUAAUUUAAGCAAUUGUAAGUAAAAUUAGAAAUUAAUGCCUCAAAUAGUGGAUUGGAUAUAUUUUCAUAGCUAAGCCAUAUAAAGAAAAAUAUUUUAAUAUAAUGGCUCUAAUUGAUGAAGUAGGAGUGCUUAUUUGUAUAGCCCUGUUUGCUAAUACAAUUUUCAUUAACAGUGGAAUGACAAGGAGUAUUCAUUCUAUUAUUGGCUAUGCGUAUGGUGGAGUCAUGAUGAUAGUAUUGAUCCUUAACUAUCUCUUUACAUUCAUCUAUUUUAAGAAAAGGAAUCCCCCAGAAAUAGAAAUGACUUAAGAUUACAGUAUGCCUCCUCCAAAGCCUGUAUAAGCCUAACCAAAGAAAAUUUAAUAGCAAGUUAAGCCUGCACCAUAGAAAGGAGCUGCUAAACCUAAAAGCAUGAAAAAGGAUUAGAAUGGAUUGGAUGAAAGUGAUGUUGAUAUUAAAAAACCUUAAAAGAAAGACCCCAAUAGUAAAUAAUAGCCUGCUAAAAAAACUGCUGAGAAACCAUAGAGCAAGCCAAACUAACGUAGUAAAUCUUAAAACCAACCAUAAUCUAAACAAAAGAAGCCCUAGCCAAAAGAAGAAGAGUCCUACUAUGAAGAGGAAAUUACUGAAGACUAUGAAGAUACUAUUGGAAGCGGUGAUGUUAUCAAAGGUGAUAGGCCUGAAUAUAGAAAACCAUUCGGAAAUGAUGCUCGAGUCUAGGACACAUUUGCCGAUACCAAUACCUCAGAAAAUAUGUUCAUGGGGAGUUCAACAAUGAAUAAUAAGAAAGUAAAGUUCAAUUGA